AGACAUUUUGAAGUCUCUCUCUACUGCUCCACGAACUCUCUCUCUCUCUCGUUAAAGCUCUUCCUCCUUUUUGUUGUUUCGCCUUCUUAUGGGAAGACCCUGCUGAAUUUUCAUGAUAUUUGGACUUUUCUUCUGAUGGAGCAGAGCCGAAUAUUCAUGUCCAUUCACCACGCGCAUGAGCGGACAAUUCUCUACGGUUUCAUAUAAGACCCUGCGGUCGCGCUCUCUUCCUCCUCUUCCCCACUCUGUUUUCCCGCCAUUGAUGGGAAGCAGAGAAAGCUCGUAAGAAGGGACGGAGGUUGGUAAAAGUAAUCGCUGAGGCAAAAGCAACGGAGUUUUUGAAACUGGGGAGGGCUUAAUCUUCGAUACCGAUAGGUGUUAACAGAGUUGACUGAGUUCGAGGAGAGACUGCAAACUCUAUCAGCGGAAGAACAUGGAUUUCGGGAAAGCCAAAUUCGUGAGGUUCAAAGAAUGCAAUUCUGAGCAAUCGUGGAACUCGGAGCAUCAAUAUGCUGCUAGACACGGGGUUCGACCAACCAAAUUUAGAAUAAUUGGGAACGAACUUUUAGAUGGAUUUCAGAGAGGACAUGAGAGUUUUUGCGAAAAGAUCAAAAGCUUGAGAAUGCGAUUGAGCUCCUCGCUCGUAUCCGAUAGAUCGACUAAAGCUAAAAAGUAUCACCCCGAGAAGAAAAUUCUUGAUCCGCAAGGGCCAUUUCUUCAAAAGUGGAACAAGAUAUUCUUGAUCUUGUGUGUUUUCGCGCUGGCUUUGGACCCGCUGUUUUUCUACAUCCCCGUGAUUGACGUUAAAAAGUGCCUUGAUUCAGACCACAGAAUGGGGAUCAUUGCAUGCCUCCUUCGAACUGUAUUCGAUGCGUUUUACAUUUUCCACAUAAUCCUCCAAUUCCGUACCGGGUUCAUAGCCCCUUCUUCAAGAGUGUUCGGAAGAGGGGAGUUAAUCGAUGAUCCAUCAGCUGUAUCACGAAGAUACUUAUCGUCGUACUUCUUCCUUGAUAUCCUAGCAAUUCUUCCGAUCCCGCAGGUCGUCGUAUUUGUUAUCAUUCCCACAAUCCAUGGGUCAGUUCCUUUAAUGACAAAGGAGUGGCUGAAGUUCAUCAUUUAUGGCCAAUAUGUACCGAGAAUUAUGAGGAUCUAUCCACUGUACAAGGAAGUGACAAGAACAUCUGGAAUACUUCAUGAAACAGCCUGGGCUGGGGCUGCCUUCAAUCUUCUGCUUUACAUGUUAGCCAGUCACGUAUUUGGAGCUUUUUGGUACUUAUUCUCGAUCGAUCAAGAAAUCAGGUGCUGGCACAAGGAGUGUCGAAGACUAGGAUUUAACUCUUCAAUUUUAUACUGCAGCAGUGGGCAGAAAAACAAUACUUUUCUUUACACUGCUUGUCCUCUGGUUGAACCCGAUGACAUUAAGAAUUCGACAGUGUUCAACUUUGGAAUAUUCAACGAUGCCCUCCAGUCUGGCGUGGUGGAGACAAAAGACUUUCCAAAGAAGUUAUUCUACUGCUUUUGGUGGGGAUUGCGCAAUCUUAGCUCUUUGGGUCAAAACCUAAAAACAAGCACCUUUGAGGGGGAGAUUGUCUUUGCUGUCAGCAUAGCUAUAGCCGGCUUGGUCUUGUUUUCAUUGCUCAUCGGCAAUAUGCAGAAAUAUCUACAGUCCACCACAGUUAGAGUAGAGGAGAUGAGAGUGAAGAGGCGAGAUGCAGAGCAAUGGAUGUCGCACCGUAUGCUUCCAGAGGGUUUGAAGGACCGAAUUAGGCGGUACGAACAGUACAAAUGGCAAGAGACGAGAGGUGUCGAGGAAGAAUCUUUGAUCAGGAACCUCCCUAAAGAUCUCCGUCGAGACAUAAAGCGUCACCUUUGCCUGGACCUUCUAAUGAGAGUGCCCAUGUUUGAGAAAAUGGAUGAACAAUUGCUGGACGCAAUGUGCGAUCGCCUCAAGCCAGUCCUGUACACAGAGAAGAGCUCAAUUGCACGUGAGGGGGACCCAGUCGACGAGAUGCUCUUCGUCAUACGAGGCAGGUUAGUGACCAUGACCACAAAUGGUGGAAGAACAGGAUUCUUCAACUCAGUCUAUUUAAAGGCAGGUGAUUUCUGUGGAGAGGAAUUGCUUACUUGGGCAUUGGAUCCAAAUUCCUCCUCCAAUCUUCCCACCUCAACGAGAACCGUAGAAGCUAUUACAGAGGUAGAAGCCUUCGCGUUCACUGCCUAUGACCUGAAGUCUGUGGCCUCUCAAUUUCGGCGUCUUCACAGCAAGCAGCUCCAACAUACUUUCAGGCUCUACUCGCAACAAUGGAGAACAUGGGGAGCUUGCUUUAUACAAGCCGCUUGGCGCCGAUACUGCAAGAGGAAGCACGAUAAGGAUUUGCGUGAUGCAGAAGACAGGUUACACGAUGCUUUAGCAAAGGAUGGUGGCGCUUCGCCAAGCCUUGCUGCUACUUUAUAUGCAUCAAGAUUCGCAGCCAAAGCAUUGAGUAAUUUAAGGAAAAGUGGUAGCUCAAAGACGCCACAGAGGUUACCUCCGCUCAUGCCUCAAAAGCCAGCUGAACCUGAUUUCACAGCCAGUGGCAGUUACUAAAGAUUCUUCCUACUCUUUAGCUCAAUUAUGGCAUAGUUAGAGAUGUUUCUACAUGGAUGUGAUAUGCAAAUAGAUAACUUAGCAAUAUGAUGUUGUGUCUUGAUCUCGGUAAAUGACUCAGACCUUGCUGUAAAAUACCAUACCUCACCUCGAGAAAAGAGAGAUUUUCUUGCA